GAGCCAUGAAUGUCCAGACGGAGUGUGUGAGCGCCGCGCUGCUGCUGCUGCUGUCGCUGCCGCUCCUGUUCGUGGCCUCUGCCGCCACUCUCCCCGCUCACGGCCAACGGAUCCGCUCCGAGGCGCUGAAGCGGCUGCUGGAGGUGUUCGGGAUGGAGGAUGUUCCGCAGUCGCCACACACGGUGCGGCAGCCGCCCCAAUACAUGCUCGACCUGUACAACACGGUGGCCGGAGUGGACGGGCUGACCAAGGAGCCGGCGCUGCUGCUUGGCAACACUGUCCGCAGCUUCCUGGACAGAGCGCGCAGUUACCAGUCCCAGUUCUACUUCAACCUGUCGAGCGUGGCCAGAAGUGAGACCAUCCUCACGGCGGAGCUUCACCUCUUCAAGCUGCGGGGCCGCCCGUCCCAGGACCUCCGGACACAUCGGCACCACUUCUGCCAGGUCAGCGUCUACCAAAUAUUGGACAAUAACACGUCAACAGCCGAGGGCAGAAGAUUAUUGUCAACCAGAGUUCUUCCGGUGCAUGAUAGCACAUGGGAGGUCUUCACUAUCACUAACGCUGUGUAUGACUGGACGCAGGAUAAAGACAGCAACAAAGGUUUGUUGGUCACUGUACGGACCCUGGCUGGGCAGACACUCAACUAUAUCCACUUUGCCACCGGGAGAGACCAUCACAGCAGUAAACAGCCAAUGGUUGUUCUUUUCACAGAUGACGAACGGAGAGGGGCUCCCAUCUCCAUUUCUUCAAUAGAGACUCAAUUCCUCCCUGAGAUGACCCUUCACAACAAAGCAAGCCAGAGCCGGAACACGAGGUCUGCAAACCUGCUGGGCUGCCAGAGAUAUCCUCUCUACGUGGAUUUUGAAGAGAUCGGCUGGUCUGGCUGGAUCAUCUCUCCUCGGGGGUACAACGCCUACCACUGUAAAGGAGCGUGCGUUUUCCCACUGGGCCAGAACAUGAGACCUACCAACCACGCCACCGUCCAAUCCAUUAUAAACGCUCUCAAGCUGACCAAUGGUGUUGCAACUCCUUGCUGCGUCCCAGAUAAACUCUUCUCCAUCAACCUGCUGUACUUUGAUGACGAUGAAAACGUGGUGCUGAAACAGUACGAUGACAUGGUCGCUGGCAGUUGUGGAUGCCAUUAGUUCACCCACUCUACAGCGGUAGAACUGCUGCCUUACAGCGCCAGAAACCCGGGUUCGAUCCCGACUACAGGUGUUGCCUGUACGGAGUUUGUACAUUCUCAUUGUGACCGCGUGGGCUUUCUCCAGGUGCUCCGGUUUCCUCCCACACUUCAAAGACGUACAUGUUUGCAGGUUAAUUGGCCUCUGUGGAUUGACCCUAGUCCAUAGCAUGGUGCUAGUAUGGGGCUGCGAUCGCUGGUCAACUCGGUGGGCUGAAGGGCCUGCUUCCACGCUGCAGCUCUAAAGUCUAAAAAAGUCCUUCAAUCACCAUCCAGAGAGAAAACCAUGAAUGUCAGUCAGGGAACAAAUGUAGCGUCACAGAAUAACUAUUGCCGAGGAAGUGAGACAAGACAUCUUCAAAAAAUCUGGAAGGAAUGGACUCACAGGAAUCUGUUUAAAAACAUUAUGUAAAUAAAUUGGCUGUCUAUGUGACAGACUUUCUUUAAAAAAAGACAACCCAAAAAACAAACUGUGGUGACUCCACGGCACAUUGUUGUAUAAUAUGCAUAUGUUUAUAUUUUUAAUAUAGAUGUAUUAAUAUAUGCAGAAUUGUGAAAACUAUUGCAAGAGUUCAUAAGUGUAUAAAUGUAUAAAAUCUAAUAAAUAUAAAUGUAUUGUUAGAUUCAGGCAAAAUUCAAAUAGUUUGAAAGAUCAGAACUGAGCCUUUAGAAAAGCUGUGAGAAUUCAGUGACAAGCU